AUGACCGUCACUUCCCGGCCCUCGACUUCGGGCUCAGCACCCACCUUCGGUCUGCCUGUCCGUGCCAUUCCCAUGCCUGAUUCAGCGUCCAACUCGGCGCCUCCAUCCGCUAUCUCCUCUUCUUCCAAAUCUGCUUCGCCUCCUGCAGACUUGGCCCCGCGCAGAGGCAUUCGUCUUCGAGUCAACUCGCUCGGUACCGCCAUGAUGUUCAAGCAAAGUGCAGCUGCCCCCUCUUCUGGAGCGCCAUCUUCCUCCAAGCGAUCAGAUCCGCCCAAGCUCAAGAACCGACUUCGUUCCGCGACAUCCACGAACUCAGAGGCAGCUACUCCAUCCUCCCCGUCUGCCUCUUCCGCCCAAUCACCGGCCUUAGAAAAGGAGCAUGGCUCUGCCUCCGUCUCUUCACUACCUUUACCAAUUUCGAGCCAACACUCCCAGCACAAGAGCACCAAUUCCAUCGAUCCCGCAAGCCGCCCUCCAUCCUUGGCUUCAUCGUCUCUUAAAGAUUCCGUCUCCGCCUCUGCCGGUGGUCCAAGUACUGGCUUCAAUCGUCGCAAGUUCUUUGGCAGAAGCAAUAGCAUUCGAUCUUUCCUCCGAGGCAGUGGUGCAAGUUCAGCUGGCAGCAACAACAUCCAUGGCCGCUCAACAAACCCGAGCGAGACAAGUUCCUCCACUUUGCCUGCUUUAGCUACCGAUCCAGCAGCACCACAACACCCCCUCGGACGAUUGCGACGCAUGGGUAGCAACAGCUUCCUCAACCUCAACCAGUCCAAACCUGCCACACCUGCCAACACCUCCUCGGACGAUCUCUCCUCCAUGGCAUCUGUCGACUCACAAGUUUCCAGACGUUUCUCUGACUCGCUAAAGGGUAUAGGUCCAAGACGCGGCAAGUCCGUCUCCAAGGACAACGGCAAGUCCCGCUCAGUCUCGUCUCAGUCGAGCUCUGAAGCCUACAAUGGCCGCCUGGUACAGUGCGAAAUGCUACCAGGCUUGGCCACCUCCCGAAGAAGCAUCGAAAGUGGUCGUUCAAGUGGGUCAAUAGCAUCGCCAGAUCCUCAAGGACGCUCAUCUCAAGCUGACUUUGCCGACAUCAGCUCACAACCAGCUCAAGCAGAUCAAGAACAUCACACCAGCGCGCCAAGGCGUCUCACCGGCUGGCUUUACCACAUGGUCGCAAGCGACAACACACCUUCAAUCGAGGGCGGUGCUCCCCUCUCUCCUGUGAGAGAGGCUGACGGUCUUGACCUUCCACCAUCCAGCCCUACCCCUAAUCCAAACGGAAGUAGGGACAUUUCAGCCCAGGAUGCUGCUGCAAACCAGUCCAAUCCCGGAACUGGCUCAUCCGUGACCGCACACAGCAGUGCGCCAACUCGCUUGAAAGCUGGCGCCCUUUUCCAGACUUGGGCUAACGCUGGUUCUGGCAAAGCUGUCAGAUCGACCCAGGCUUCUACAGGUGACAAUACUCCCUCUGGCUCCGCAUCUAGCAGUCACGCAAACAUCGCCGCAAGUAACAUCGGCGGUGCUUCGGGGACCAGUAGCAAUGCAGGGGCCGCCAACAGCAAUAAUAAUGGCAGCUGGGUGCCAAGUGGCGUCGGCUUCGAUCGAGCUUUCAAGUUCUUCAUGGACACCGAUAAUUCCGCCAAGGAGGACGAGGGGAUCUGGCUACUUGGUCUGUGGCAUGGACCUCGACAAAGCAUCAACGGCGAUAGCAAGGACUCAUCAGCUCUCGCGGUGGCCUCAAAUUCGGUCGAACAAGCUGCAGCGGCUCGUCACUCUGAAGAUCAAGUCGCAGAGAUGACUCGAGCAGCUUCAUCAUCCUCCAGCAUCUCGCCAUCCUCUCCGCGCCGAACGCCGCUCGAAUUGAUCAACACUUUGUUAGCAUCCUCCUCGCCUGCUCACGAUCGUGCUUCAACUCCAGCCAAGGAGAGCAGUCGCGUUGGCAGCUCCAUCUCCACAGCCGCAACAACAUCGACGUCCGAUAGCCUUCGCACCAGAUCAUCCGCCACCAGCUUUCAUGCUGGUACAGCAGCGACUACAAGCUCUGGCUCGGCUGAUGUCCAAUCCGCCUUUCAGCCCGACUUUGCAUCGCGCAUCUGGUGCACUUAUCGCAAUCAUUUUGCACCCAUCUCUCGUGAUGGCACCAUCUCAGAGCAGGCUGCAUCGGCCGCUGAGGCCCUUGCGGCAGCCCAACUUGCAGCAGCUACGCAGAGCACCUCAGCCCCAUCGACUCCUUCAGCAGCGCCUUCGUCAUCUGAUCCGCCUCAGUCAAGUAGUCCAUCCGCAUCCGCCGGUCGUGGCUGGCUCGGCCGCAAAGUUACCGAAAGCAAUGCUGCUCAGGAUUCGGCGCUCAACUCCCCCUUGGGACUCGGUGCAGCGCUUGGCGCUGGCUAUGCUAAUCCUCCAUCCUCACUGGGCGAGAAGAUGGGCAUUACCAAUCUCUGGAGCAGGGCCACAGCAGCAGCCCAAGCUGCCGGAUUCAGUCGUGCAGGCCUAACAACCGACUCUGGCUGGGGAUGCAUGCUUCGUACGGGGCAAAGCUUGCUCGCUAAUGCACUGAUCAACGUCCAUCUGGGCCGAUCCUGGCAGCGAGAUGCGCCUCCUCUACGCCAGCAGCAGUUCCUAGAGGAGCUCGCCGGCUUGUCGAUAGCUGAUGCUGCCGAGAAAGAGAGCCUUCAAGAAUGGCGCCAGAAGAGAGCUCGCCAUGCUACUUAUAUCAAGAUCUUGAGCUGGUUUCUAGACGAUCCUAGCCCUGCUUGUCCCUUCGGUGUUCAUCGCAUGGCUCGUGAGGGCAAGCGGCUGGGCAAAGAAGUUGGCGAGUGGUUUGGCCCUUCCACGGCAUCAGGUGCUAUUAAGCAGCUGGUGUCGGAGUUCCCCCAAGCUGGUAUCGCAGUCGAGCUUGCACGCGAUGGCGUCUUCUACCUAGACGAAGUGCGCGCGGCAGCCAGCGCCUCAGCCUCUGCAGCCUCGGUCCAGUCUGGAGGCAAGGCGCGAUCUUCUGGCGCCGCUUCGGGUAGCCGCAAGGGUGAAGGCCUAAUUUGGCGCAGACCUGUGCUGAUUCUGAUCGGCAUCCGUCUCGGUCUUGAGAGCGUGAACCCCAUCUACUACGAAUCGGUCAAAGCUACCUUCUCAUUCCCGCACAGCGUCGGCAUUGCAGGUGGUCGUCCAUCUUCUUCCUACUACUUCAUGGGUCAUCAGGGCAACUCGCUGUUCUAUCUCGACCCGCACAAUGUCCGCCCUGCUGUACCGCUUCGCUAUCCUCCCAGCACCUUCCCCGAUGCAGUACCUCGCCACCUCGGCAUCGCACAUCGCUUCGUGCUGGAGGACAAGGAUGACGAGGACGAGUGGUGGUCGCACGCAUACUCGGAGGUUCAAACAUCCACUUUCCACUGCGAGAAGGUGCGCAGGAUGCCGAUCAAGUCGCUCGACCCAAGCAUGCUCUUGGGUUUCUUGGUCAAGGAUGAGGAGUCUCUGCAGGACCUCUGUGCCCGCAUCAAGGCGCUGCCCAAGACGAUCUUUUCGUUUGCCGAGUCAGCGCCGAAAUGGGUCGAUGACGACGACUUUGAUCCGAGCAUGGAGAGCUUUUCGGAGCCUUCGGUGGGUGAAGAGUCGGAUGCUGAGGACGAAAAGGAACAUGAGGAUCCGGAGGCAGACGCGGACAACGCCGGAGACGGUGCAGACGCAUUGCAGCGCUCGAGUGUCUCGACUAGCGUUAGGGAUGGGCCGGCGCCUUUCCCGGGUGCUCAGCAGUCCAAAACGAGUGACAAGAUGUUGACUGAAAGUCAGCAGAGGACAGCUGCUUGGCUCGGACAUGGUCAGCCAAGCAUCACCAAUAGCUCUGGCAAGCCGAACAGCUCCAAUGCUGCUCCUGGCGGCGGUGCUGGAAUCGCAUUCCCGUCCCUUGACCUCCUUUCGCCCUCGUCGGAGGCACACGCUCUGCAACAUCCCUUGCGGUCAGACGUCCGACAAGUCUCCACCUCUUCCGCUGCCACGACAAGGCCUGCACGCCGUCCUACAAACCCCGCCAACUCACGCGAUCUGUCCGCUCCAUUUGCCCGUCAGAGCAAGACAUCACCCCACCAGAGCCCUGUCAGACUUGGAGGAGGAGGAGAAGGAAGAGGAGGAGGAGAAGGAGGAGGAGGAGGCGCUGAUGAGAGCUUCUCCACUGUCUAUUUGUCGGAUUCUGAAGUUGGAUCGGCAUGGGAAGAAGUCUCAGAUGGUGGCACCAUUGCUCCUUGUGCCUCUGCUGGAUUGGAAGCUGGACUGUUGCGUACCGCAUCGCAAAUGAGGACGCUUGUUCGCACUGAGGCGCCUGUUGUUGCUUCGACUUGUGCUUCUGAGCGAGAAGAUGCGGAUGCAGGUGGGGUGUGGACAAUCGAAACAUGCACGAGUACAAGCGACAAGCCGGUCUCGCCAAUCUCGGUUGUUAGGGAAGAAGAACUAGUUGGUGUCAGUUUGGACACUCGUGCGUCCGAGAAGCUCCAAGAGAACGUCUGGACAGCCAAAGAGCCCUGCAGCACAAUUGAGGGAUACUUCGGACUAAGAUCAGCCCAUAAAGCGCUCACUUUACCGAGAAAGAGGUCUCAAUUUAAAGCGUCGCCCGUCGAUCUAGCCACUGCCGAGGAGGAAGAGGCUCCUCGCGUAGCCUCGCUGCCACCUAGCUUCCAAGAGGCAGAGAAGAAAGGGUUGAAGCCUGACUUGGAUGGUAGCGAUGAUGAUUUCUAA